AUGCUGAGUCCACAGUUGGACGAGCUGAACCUGAACGAUCAGGCUUUGUCUUUGUUUGGAUUUACUGAGAAAGAAUGUGGAAUCUCCCGAUAUGAAAAGAAGGCAGUUGCUGGUGUAGCUAAAGAGACACAGGCUCAUCUUCUGGCCUGUUUGAUCGAGGAGAAGAAGGAAAGAGAAGCAAAGCUGCCAAAAGUAGCACAUGACGUGAAGCUUAGAAGGAUCGACUCAGUUUGGGGAGGUGACAAUGCGUGCUCUGCCUCUGAAUUGACCACUGUGUCCGUAUGA